GGCCUAGAACGACAACUAAACUGGCGCGUGCGCAAUACCAAGGCCCGCGUCCCCGAAACAAGAUGGCGGAGAAGGUGGGGAGGAAGAGGUGGAGGCAGGUCCGGAUUGAAUAGAGCAAAGGCUAUACAAGUUUCCCAACAAACCUCUAUAAGGGCAGGACAGAUGAGGAGAGAUGUCAAGUGAGAACCACGGAACAGUGAAGGGGGACACUGCUUUGGUGAUGUCUCCAACAGGCUCUGCCACACAGGGGUCUCCGGUCUCACCUUCAACUAGCAAGCCCAUGCCAGAGUUGCCAGACGAGCUCGUCCAGGCCGGCUGGUCGAAAUGCUGGAGCAAGCGGGAGAAUCGGCCCUACUGGUUCAACCGCUUCACCAAUCAGUCGAUGUGGGAGAUGCCAGUCCUGGGGCAGCAUGAUGUCAUUUCCGACCCGCUGGGUUUGAAUGCUGCCUCGGUGGAGGGGGCAGGUGACGCCGGCGUGGGCAACGGGCAGCGCAAGAGACGCCUGUCGGAGGAGGCCGCCCAGGGUGGUCUUAACAGCUUCAAGAGGCCCAAGAUUGAGAUUGGUAUACCUGUAACCCCAACAACCCCCACAGUGCCCAUCUCACCCGUUACCCCCAGGGCAAAGCCAUGGAACUCUACCACUGGCACAGAGGACAAGCCAGGUCAGCCGGCAUCGGCCCUAUACCGUCCCACCAUAAUAUACUGGGACCUGGACAUUCAGACUAACGCAGUGAUCAGAGAGCGAGCCCCCGCCAACCAUCUACCUCCCCACCCGGAGAUUGAGCUCCAACGCGCCCAGCUCACCACCAAGCUACGGCAGCACUACCAAGAGCUCUGCUACCAACGAGAAGGUAUCGAGCCCCCGGAGUCUUUCAACCGCUGGCUGCUGGAGCGCAAGGUGCUGGACAAAGGGCCUGACCCCCUACUGCCCAGCGAUUGUGACCCCAUCAUCUCCCGGUCCAUGUUCAGAGAGGUCAUGAACGACAUACCCAUCAGGUUGUCCCGCAUCAAGUACAAAGAGGAGGCCCGAAAGCUCUUAUUCAAAUACGCUGAAGCUGCCAAGAAAAUGAUUGACUCGAGAAACGCCACACCAGACAGCCGGAAGGUUGUGAAAUGGAAUGCGGAGGACACCAUGAACUGGCUACGGAGAGACCACUCAGCCAGUAAAGAAGACUACAUGGAUCGUCUGGAGCACUUGCGGAAACAGUGUGGUCCCCAUGUAACGGCAGUAGCCAAAGACUCCGUGGAGGGAAUUUGUACAAAGAUCUACCACAUCUCAGUAGAGUACGUGCGACGUAUUCGCCAGGCCCACCAGACCCUGCUGAAGGACUGCAACAUCACGGACCCAGAGGCAGCCGAGGUGCAGGACAGGCUGGUAUACUGCUACCCCGUCCGGCUGGACUUGCCCUCACCGAACCAGCUCCGCGUUGAGCUGCACUUUGAGAAUGACAUCUCCUGCCUACGCUACAAGGGAGAGAUGGUCAAGGUCAACCGCGGCUACUUCGCCAAACUGGAGCUCUUAUACCGAUACAGCUGCAUCGAUGAUCCCAGGUUCGAAAAGUUCCUGUCACGAAUAUGGUGCCUUAUCAAGAGAUACCAGGUGAUGUUUGGCGCUGGGGUGAAUGAGGGGAUGGGCUUACAGGGGGCCCUCCCUGUGCCUGUCUUCGAGGUACUCAACAAACAGUUUGGGGUGAGCUUUGAGUGUUUCGCCUCGCCGCUCAACUCCUACUUCAAGCAGUUCUGCUCGGCUUUCCCUGACACCGACGGUUUCUUUGGGUCCAGGGGGCCCUUCCUGAACUUCUCACCGGCUAGUGGCUCCUUCGAGGCCAACCCUCCCUUCUGUGAGGAGCUGAUGGAUGCCAUGGUGACACACUUUGAGGAACUACUGGAGAAGUCCAGUGAGCCCCUGUCCUUCAUCAUCUUUGUCCCGGAGUGGCGAGAUCCGCUGACCCCGGCCCUCAACCGCAUGGAGACCAGCGCCUUCCUCCGCCAUCAUAUGUCGGUGCCCGCCUUUGAGCACGAGUACCGCAGCGGCUCGCAGCACAUCUGCAAGAAGGAGGAGAUGUACUACAAGGCAGUUCACGGCACGGUGAUCAUCUUCCUGCAAAAUGACGCCGGCUUCACUAAGUGGGAGCCCACGCCGGAGCGUAUCCAGGAGCUGCUAGCAGCCUAUCAGGUCUCCCAGCGAACAUUCGGCUCCCCAGUUCCCUCCUCCACCUCCUCUGCGCCCACUAUGCCCUCCCCAGCCAGUGCGGGGUUGUCGGGCAACACAGACUCUACUGCCGCCAAGACGGCACCUGAGCGAUCGGCCAGUUUGGACACAUCACCCGCUAGCCAGGAAAACAGCAGUAGUUCUUGUAGUCCUCUGGAAAAUACUACACCACCUUCCGAGGCAGCCAGCCUUUAAAAGCAAGGGAGGGGACAUGGGUGAGAGUAAGGUGCGUUUUGGGGAUGGGGACCCUACAACUGGUGCUGAGAGAGUGUGGGGUGAGGAUUUGGCCCUGGACUACUCAGGGGCUUGGGUAGCCUACGAAGGAGGGCCUCUCCCCUAAAAUAGGUUUACUUUCUCUGGCUCGACUAUUUAAUAUUAGUUCUACUAGGUUUUUAUGAUUCUGGUCGUUAUUUACUAUAGUAUCUCUCGUUGCUUUUUAUCAAUGUAGCUGGUGGUAGCGGUUUACUAGGAUUUAUUUUUCCAUCAUUGUUGCUGUCAUUGUCAGUAAUUAUUGGGUAAUUCUAUACCUUGUUCAUUGGCCUUUUGCCGCAGUGUGCGUACAAAAUGGGACCCUGAGAAUAGGGUACCAUUUGGGACAUACAUUGUGAUCUGCUCCCGGACAGCAGGAUUUCGUUGUCGGUUUUGACGUGUGGAUUUGAAAAGUGGGUCCUUGGAAAAUAUUUGUUUUGUUUGUCCAAAAUCCUUUCUAUCCUUUAAUAGGUACAGAAGGGAGAUGUGUCAUUGGGUGAUAAGGCAGCUAUGUUUCUAACCCCCUUAAGCCUACAAAUAAUUUAGAGGCAAUCAUUAUACAUAGGACAGCCAUCAGUAAGUUAGAGCAGGGUUUCCCAAGAUAGGUUUUUGCCCUAGCAGUACACAGUGAUUCAAAUAACCAAAGCAUGAUGAGGAGUUGGAUGUUUUAAAUCAGCUGUGUAGUGCUAGGGGGAAAACUAAAAUGGGCACCCAGGGGGGCCCCAGGAUCGAGUUUGGGAAACCCUCAGGGUACUGAACGAGAGAGAUUGAGGGCUUUGAAGACAUUGCAUUUCUUUGUGGACAAUUUUUAUGCAGGUCACACAUACCACAGAGUAGUAGUUGCAUAUCGGCCAAUACACCAUUUCCAUAUCUGCAGUUAGAGGAAUUUUGUAAAAAGUAAAUAAAUACAAAAAUCAAUAAAUGCAAAUACAGGCCAUUAAUACAUCUUACAAUGGCAAAAUGUUAUAAACCAUUGGUAAGCGUUGGCUCGAGCAACAGCUGAAUUACUAUGCCUUUCCCCCUGCGCUGUGUUUGUUGACCUGGCUUGUUGAGCAAAAUACAGUACGUGCCUUUGCUUAUAAACCUAUCCACGUCUCUAAAAUAUGGUAAAGUACUAAAUGUAAUAAUACCUGAUGUAAAUUAUACCCUCGUUAAACAUAUUCUGUGAUUGUGUUCAACCUGGUUGCUUUAUUUUCACAUUGUAGUGUGUGGUAUGGCAUGGAAACAUAAAAUAGUUAUGUUGUUUUUAACCCCUCCGAUCUCAAUUUUUACAUGUUUACACCAGUAUGACAUUAGAACGCAUCACUGGGCAGCACAAUGAAUGUACAUUUUUAAAUGACAAAAUGGAAGGUCUCAGAUGCGUGCCACAUGGCACUAUCUUCCCUAUGUAGUGCACUACUUUUGACUAGGGCUUAUAGGGCUCUGGUCAAAAGUAGUGCACUAUAUAGGGAAUACGGUGCCAUUAGGGAUGCAUCCAAAGCGAUGCCAUUAGGGAUGCAGCCAAAGCGACUCACCUCGGCCUCAGUCAUCUAGCCGAGAGAAUAAAUGGAGAAAUAAACGAGAAGAUACAAAUGUUUAUUAUACAAUUCGUCAUUAUAUGACUAAUUGUCUCUGUCCUUGUAAACUAUGAUCCUCACGCACUACUAUGCCAUCUCAGCAUAUAUUCUUAUCUAUAGCCUGAAUGCUUGUACAAUGGGUUUAGGCAUAAGUUUCUUACUAGAAAUCUUCAAUUGCCUUUGCCCCAUUUGUAUAUACUUAGGAUUUUGGUUUUUAUAGAGAAUUAAUUAGGCAUGGGGCUGGAGGUUAAGGCAAGGUUCUGUUUAUGCUGUUGCAAAUGUAUGAUGGUUGUCUUGCUCUUUGAACAUAAUACUUACUACAGUAAGUCUGGCAUCGUGCCCAAGAACCUGGACAUAAACUAGCCAUUCGUUCUUUGUCAUUUGAGCAUGAAGCACCAGUCACAUACCCUCAUCCUAGUAUGUUUCUGUCACCAGCAAAACAAAGUGUAGAUAUUGUAGAGAAAAUUGGUAUGAAGUAUGUUAUUUUUCUCUGCUACACAAUUGUAUUGAACUCUGAUAGCAAAAAUAAUAAUUGUGCUGUCUGUUUAUCCCUAUUUUUUUUAUUUGAGUUAAUUUAACAUAAUUUAAGAAAUCUGUUUGUAUUAUACAGUUUAUUACAUAUACAUUGUUUUAAACUAAACCAAAGUGUUAUUAAAAUAAAUAUAUAUAUUGUAUGUA